GGAGAGUUUUCGUGGUCGUUGAGUUUGUUUGGGUGUUCUGUCACUAGAUGGCAGCACAAACCAGUGGAUUCUUGAGUUUCCACUGCCUUGUCAUCAUCACCUUUUCCUCACAAGCCAGAUAGAGAGGGGAAAAGGAGAAAGAGAGAGAGAGUGUGUGUGUGUGUGAGAGAGAGAGAGAUAUUUGCAAAGACACUUCAAGACUCUUUAGAGUCAGAUAUCCAGACAUGUGUGGGAACCUCUGCUGCAUGGCUUUAUCAUUAACACAGAACAGCAAGAGUGGGAAGUUGUAGAUCUCUGCUCGUGUGUGUGUGUGUGUGUGUUGGAGCCAGUGAUGAGAACCACCACAACACUCAUGCUUUCUCUCUCUCCUCCACGUCAACCUUUGAGUUGCACUCAUUGCCUUCCCCUGGAUUAUUGCACCUUCUUCUUUUUUCUCUCCCAUUGCUGAAGACGCCUGAGAGGAACCGAAGGAAGGAUUUACAGCUCUUUCUAAGGUUUUAAUCACAAAACUCAUGAGUGCAUGAAGGAUUUUUCUUCAGCUGGAAUAAUGCCUUCGUGCCAGGCUGGAAACUCCUGGUUCCCGGUGAUAUUUGGUGCUGCUCUGGUUGUUCUCACAGCUGGAAGUGCUGGACCGAACCAGGACAGAAGGCAGGCUGGAGCGUCCUCGUGCUUUGGGGGCUUUGAUCUCUACUUUGUUUUGGACAAAUCUGGGAGUGUGCAGAACCACUGGACCGAAAUCUACCACUUUGUUGAACAUCUAGCUCACAAAUUCAUCAGUCCACAGCUGCGGAUGUCCUUCAUUGUUUUUUCCACUGAGGGAAAGAUAUUAAUGAGCCUGACAGAAGACAGGGAACGCAUACGCAAAGGCCUGGAGGAGCUGCAUAGGGUUCUUCCAGGAGGAGACACCUUCAUGCACGAGGGCAUCCUGAGGGCCAGUGAACAGAUAUAUUAUGGAAACACAGAAGGUUAUCGCACUGCCAGCGUCAUCAUCGCUCUGACAGAUGGAGAGUUGCACGAGGAUCUCUUCUACUACGCUGAGAGAGAGGCCAAUCGUUCGCGGAGUCUGGGAGCCUCAGUUUACUGCGUGGGGGUGAAGGACUUCAAUGAGACACAGCUGGCAAAGAUUGCUGACAGCAAGGAUCACGUUUUCCCUGUAAAUGAUGGAUUUGAGGCUCUGCAAGGGGUCAUCGAUUCGAUUCUGAAGAAGUCAUGUAUCGAGAUUCUGGCAGCGGAGCCGUCAAGUAUCUGUGCAGGAGAGUCCUUCCAGGUGGUGGUGAGAGGAAAUGGAUUCCUCCAUGCUCGAAAUGUGGAUAAAGUCCUGUGCAGCUUCCGAAUAAACGACACCCUGACAAAAAUGGUGAAGCCUUUGAUUGUGGAAGAUACAUAUCUUCUCUGCCCUGCACCAGUGCUUCAAGAUGAGGGGAUGGCAGCAAACCUUUACGUCAGUAUGAAUGAAGGUCUCAGUUUCAUCUCAAGUUCGGUUACCAUUACCACUGUGGGAUGUUCUGAUGGGACCAUCCUGGCUAUAGCUCUGCUCAUCCUGAUGCUGCUCCUGGUCUUGGCUCUUCUCUGGUGGUUCUGGCCUCUGUGCUGCACUGUGAUCAUCCAUGAACCCCCACCGCCAGUCGAGGACGAGAGUUCGGAUGAUGAGGACUUUGAAACCCCAAAAAAGAAAUGGCCGACUGUAGACGCCUCCUACUAUGGAGGAAGAGGAGUUGGGGGAAUCAAAAGGAUGGAGGUACGCUGGGGGGAGAAAGGCUCCACAGAGGAAGGAGCAAAGCUGGAAAAGGCCAAAAAUGCCAGAGUGAAAAUGCCUGAGCAGGAGUAUGAGCUGCCCCCCACACGAGUUCUUAACAACGGCAUGCAAAAACCCCACGGGCCACGCAAGUGGUACUCACCAAUUAAGAGCAAACUGGAUGCACUGUGGGUUCUUUUAAAGAAAGGCUACGACCGUGUGUCUGUAAUGAGGCCUCACCCAGGUGACAAGGGAAGAUGCAUCAACUUCACCCGCAUUAACUCUCUGCCUCCUCGCUACCCACACUACGACCACCAUUCUUCUCCCAUCUACAACCCCCCCAGCAUGAAUCCACCGCCGCCACAGAGCAACCUCCCGCCGACCCCCAGCCGCUCAUCAUCGUCAUCUCCGUCCUUCUCCUUCACCACGCUGCCGCCGACGCCUCCUCCCAUCGACAGCACCCCGUCUCCUCCGAUCACUCCUCCCCCCUACACGCCGCCUCCCACUCGGGCUCUUCCACCAACCAAUCUCUACAUACCUGCCCCAUCGGCGGUCUCGCCUUCACCUACGCCCCCUGCCUCCCCAACUAGCUCCCUGCCGCCGCCUCCUCCUCCUCCACAAGCACCUCCUCCUGGACGAGCUCCGCCCCCUGUGCGUCCACCACCUCGCCCUGGCCUGUAAACCUCUGACCAUAGACCAUGUGUAAGAAAUGGACGUAGCCUUCCUGGUUGGGAAAGUAAAGCCUGUAGGAGGUAGGGUGUAAAUAUCAGUUAGCCACAAGGGGGCAACUCAAUUUGAAGGGAAGUCUAUGGGAAAAUGAGCUUCUACUUCUUACUUGAUUUAUCACUAGUUUCAGCUCUUCUUUGAUAGAACGUUAUGUCCUUUUUGUAGAUUAUGUUCCCAUUUAGAGGACAAUAGACGAUAAAACGUGGCACACAUGAGUGGACAACAUAUGAUUGACAGGUUACAGGUGAUGUCUGUGAAGUCGCAAAUCUUUGACGCUUCAAAUGGGAGUUAAUUUCACAACCGGAAGACUAUGCCCACUUUUUAUAUACUGUCUAUGGCUGUGGAACAAGGCACUGAGUCCCACCAGUGAUCAGCACACGGACAUGCGAGUGUUUGAGCCUCACUCAGUGGGCUGUGGACACUUUCUGCCUUUUUUUUGGUUUUGUUUUUACAGCUAUUUGUCUACAGGGACUUUUGUACACAUCUAGCCCAACAGUGCAAUUGCUGUGAUGCUUGAAUUUCACAGAUGUUCCCCAUAAAUGAGGUCAUGUAGGUCGGCUCAAAAACAUUUGCCUCUGGUCGUGUGAGCUGCCUCAGGCCCUGCUGUCCCCGCCACGAGCACACAAGAUUGGAUUAAUCAGAUUGUACUUCAACGGCUGCAGACACGAUAUGCAGAGUCGUGUUCUAAAAUGAUCUUGACACUAAAAUAUGCACUAAUUCUAUCUUUCCUGAUAAGAGGAAUCUGAAAUCUCUUUCUUUCUGUUAUGAAUGCUGAGCAAUUGCAUGCAACAGUGUUUGAGUCUGCAUUUUUGUUCCUUUAAAAAGCAUUUUUAUCUUGUUUUAUACAACUUAAAACACAUUUGUUUUUUGUUUUCCAUCUUCAUAGAAUAGACCACACAAUUUUUGAAUUUCACUUUUUUAAAGUUAGAAAUAAACACUCGUUGCUCAAAGAUGUAGUGCACAACUUUUCAAUAUAAACAAAUGCCUCCUAGAACCAAACCAUUGUCACACAAGGUCACAUAUUGCAGCUCCACACGACUCUCUUUUUUUGUAUUUCUCAGCAUAACGACAUUUAGAUGUCAUGUCAACCGGCGACAUUCUCACACUGUACACAGGAAGUGAUUUGUUUCAUGACACAACAGAUGGAGGCAACAGGGACAUUGCACUAGUAAAGCUGGAUGACUGCAAACAGGUUGGAGUAUGACGGACAGUUUCAGAAGUGAACAUUUUUUUCCAAAAACCUGGUCAUUCAGCAGUUUGACGGGAUAAUAAACACUUAAUGUCCCCGCCCACCACUGUGCUGCCAGUGUUACGCACUGUAGCUUUAACACAUGUACAGCACAACACGUCUAAACCUUGCAACAUUCGACUUUCAUGUUGUAUAUGAAACUAGGCUAAUGUCAACAACAGAUUAGGAUUUGGACACAAAUCUGGGCCUAUUUCUAUCACCAACAUCUGGGACGGAUUAUGAGCCAGAGGGGCCCCUGGGCACAGACUGUAAAAGGGCCCCCCUCACACACGCCAUUCCUGCACUCACGCACAAAUCAACAAUGAUACAAAGGUUGUGUAAAUGAUAAAAAAUAAUAAUGAUAAGAUUGAGGGGCCCUUGUCCUGUUAGACAUAUCACAUAACCUUCGCUAGUUGACUUAGGUCCCCAUCAAGACAUCAGGGGUGGAUAACAAAUCCUAAGGGGGCCCUAUGAGGACAUCCCAUAAUGAAGUGGCUUCAGGGCCCCAUCAAAAUAUUGGGAUAAAUAUCACAGUAGCAAAGAUAUCAGGAUAGUAGCACAGAGGCUUGGGCUUCAGGGCCCUAUGAGCCGUUGGGCUCUGGGGCCUCAGUAAUCCACUCUUGACCAAGAUGGCUGUGAUCGUAGGUAUAACUAGCAGCAUUAGUCUGAAUCAGGGAAUAGCUUUUGUCUUGCCCAGCCAUCCAUUUUUGUGUAAAACACUUUUGAUAUUAUCGUGUUUUGUGAAAGAAAUUACUUGCGUACUAUAUUCAUGCCAUCACACUUGCACUCAGAAUGACAGUAUGCAGCAUUCACUUGCUACAGUCUGUGUCUGUUUUCAUUGACAAUGAAAGUAAAUUUAAGUGUAGAAAUAAAAUAAGAUUGUUUUCCCA